AGUCUGAGCUUGCCUUCUUCAGGACACCCAUCCACCCUUGGACAUCGUCCAUCGCGUCGACCUCACAUAGCCUCUGUCGACACCCAUGGCGUCGGGGGGAGAGCCAUUGUGCCACUUUGGUGGCAGACUAUAUUUUACGACCUUUCCUCAUCCUGCACCACAUCCGGAUGUCCUGAAUAGUCAAUCUGAGUCUGAGAGUCAGCCUCGAAUACGCGGUACACCAUGUCCAGGUCCAUCAACGACACCUGAUGACGAUGCCAAGUACUACUACUUCACCGUCGAUGAUCAGUUCCUCUACCUUUCUUUCUAUCAGGAUUGGGGUCCAUUCAACUUAGCGAUGGUUUACAAGUCAUGUAUUCUUAUUCACGAACUGUUACAGGAUCGAGGACUGUCCUCACACAGACUAGUCCUGUACUCUUCAAGCGACCCAAGAAAGAAGGCUAACGCCGCACUUCUGAUGGCACUAUACGUUAUGAUCGUGCAACAACGACCUCCUUGGGAAGCUUUCCACCCGAUUGCAGAAUUGGAAUUCAUGCCCUUCCGCGAUGCUGGACGGGGUCGGUCUGACUUUAACCUCAACAUUCAGGACUGCCUAUGGGGCAUCUAUAAAGCCAUGCAAAAUGGUCUAUGCGAUAUGAAUGAAUUCGACAUCGAAGAUUAUGAAUAUUAUGAGAAGGUGGAGAAUGGAGACUGGAACUGGUUGACACCCAAUUUCAUCGCCUUCGCGUCUCCUGUUGACCUUGCUUGGAUAAAGAAAGAGAAGGAGAAGCAAACUCAGAUGGCCGACGGUCCAGCUUCACCAAAUAAGGCUGGGGAUCUUGCGCUGCAGCGCAAGCUACCAACACCAUUCCAGAACUGCUUGGAUUAUUUCGAGAAGAGGAAUGUCAAACUCGUUGUCCGACUCAAUAAUGCCUUGUACGACCGACAAGUCUUCCUUGAUCGAGGUAUUCACCAUACCGAUCUCUACUUCGAUGACGGUACGAAUCCUACGGACGAGAUCGUCCGGAAGUUCAUUGACAUGGCCGAUGAAGUGAUCGAAGCAGGGGGCGUAGUCGCAGUCCAUUGUAAGGCAGGCUUAGGCCGCACAGGCACUCUGAUAGGUGCAUAUCUCAUUUGGAAAUAUGGCUUUACAGCAACCGAAGCUAUCGCCUUCAUGCGUAUCGUACGUCCAGGGAGCGUUGUCGGUCCGCAACAACAGUACAUGUACUUGAAACAACUGGAAUGGGCAAAGUGGGCUGCAGUGGAUGAAAUGAGGAGGCUACAGCGCACUGCUGUCAUCGCUGCCACCACUCUCGUUACACCCGCGACUCCGCCUGCAGAAGACUCCGACGACAUGGUUGUGGAGUCAGCCACCAGUGUCGCCAUCGUGAUCCCAUCAACUCCACCACCUAGGUCGAUACCCCCCGUAACGCCUAGUAAGCAUGUAGCGGCGGCUGCCGCCAAGGCGAAAGCCAUCUCACCACCCGGACAACCAAGAAAGACACCUGCUGCUAAACGAGUCGCAACCGAUUCUGAUCAAGAGGAUGACGUUUUACCUCCACUUCGCGCUGCGUCAGUGCGUAGAAUCAAACCGAAACCUGCCUCUGCAAGAGCUGCAGGUGCUCGUGUCACCACGGCUGAGGAGAGAUCCGCGCGGGUGACGAGAUCUACUGCUACAGCUUCUCAAAGAAAAGGCGCCAUAUCCACCAACACAAUCAAAUCUGCGAAACCAAACGGACAAGCCCCGAACAAGAUACCUCGUCUCGCCGACGACACCUCUGCCAGAGGUACUACCACCAACAGCGCUACCCUAGAUGUACCAGCCCUCGGGACUCGCAGCAGAGGCCGUCAAUUGACAACCCCUACGCCAUCGCGUUUGCCCACUUUGGUACCGAAGAGACCAGGUCAUAAAUCCACAACCUCAGUCCAAGAAAAUGCGGCAUCCUUAGCCUCGGUCAAGGCGUCCAUUGCGCCUGCUGAUUGGAUGACCAAUAAUGCUCCUGCUGUGGUGGUUGCAGGUUCCAAGUCUGGACGUCCUGGUCUCAGACCAAUACGACGACGCAGGAGCAGCUUCAGCGCUGCCGAUGUUGUUGCAUGACAUUAGCAUGUUAUACCUCGAUGGUAUGCAUUCCUCUCAUUUUGCAUCGCUCUCUGCAACAUUGCAUUGUGUAUAUCUAUUUCAACAUCGCAUCUCACUCUCUCUAUCGGUAUAUAUAUCCCCUCUUGCAUCGCGAUUCCCCCUCUUGAUUCUUGCGCCAUUUUGGGCUGAUUUAACAGGAUCUUGCAGAGAUUAGGGCUGGUUGCAUUUUACGAACAAUGUAUACAGUAUAUGGUUCAUGUCAGAUUUUUGAAUGAUCAUAAUGAACAUCACCAUGCAUACGCCUCGUUGAACGGCCAGUGGAGCUUGAAUCU